AUGGCAAUAACACAUUGCAUUGCUGAAAUAAAGAAUCGCAAUAAAGGAGUUACGACAAAUGAGAAGCUACCAAGAUAUAUAAAUCCAUUAGUAUGGCUUUUGACCAAAAUUAUGGCAAAUUUUGAAAACCUUCCCGAUGAAAUAAAAAUCAUUAUCUUUAAAUAUGUUAACAAUCCUAAACCCUUAGCGUUAUGUUCUAGAAUUUGGUCUGUCAUUGCCAGAGAUAGUCAAGCUAGAGCUGAAUGGAUUAUCUAUAACCAUGGUCGCGCUCAAGCUCUGUUCCAUGCUAUUAGAUUAGGACCAUCAUUUAUUAAUCUUUCUGUCGCUCAAGCCAUAAUUGCGAGACGUGGAAUUCUAUCACGAUACAUGAUCCAAAAACUUCUCAUGAACUAUGGUAAUUAUGACAAAAAACUAAUCGAACUAAAGAUCCAACACAAUAUUGGUCAGAUUGAUACUGAGCGAAUAAGAUCAUUACAAGAAGAUACUAAAGUAGUUAAUGAACGACUUGUGGAACUAAUCAAUCUCGGUUUUAGACUAGACUACAACGUCAUUUGUGACAUUCUUUACCUAUUUGAGCGUAAAUUAGAUAAGAUUGGUAACACUUUAAUAGAAUCAUUUAUUAUGUUCAUUAGUAAGGAAUCACGUGAAACUUUUGUAGAACAUUGCAUGAUUGAAUCCUUAAAUCCUAGGCGUAAUUUAACUAAAUUUUAUGUUUGGGAUUUCCUUCAUACAUUAUCAAAAGAUUACUCUGAAAACGCCUUCAAAAAAGCACUAGAUUACUAUUUAAAAAAUGACGCAAAUAUUACUGUUAUAUCUGAAACAACAAUUUUUGCCAAACUUUCAUUACCAUUAAAAUUUUAUGAAUGGGCUCUUAUAAAUUUUGGUGUAGAUUCUCAAAUUACAGAACGUUGUUUCGAUGAUAUUUUAAGAGUACGUGCUAACAUAGAUUUACAAUUCCAACAAAUCCCUGAUAUAGAAAUUCCUAUUGGAAUAAAUAAGCAUGUGUUUCAGGCAACUUGCAAUAUCUUUAAAAUUUAUUGUAAUGCGAAAAACUUUUACAAGCCAUCGCAUUUAAGUAUUAUCUCUCAAUGUACCAGUAUAGAUAUUUUAGCCCCAUUAUUUAAACAUUACCUACCAGCAUUAUUUAAUUUACAAAUAACCUUUGAAUUACCAAUGCAAAUUAUUGAGAUCAUAAAUAGCACGGAUACUCAUUAUCAGAGCACAUUCUCUAAGCUUACUGCUAAGAUAAACAAAGAUAGAAAUAUUAUAGAGGAAUGGAAUCAAACAUUACAUACUACUUUGAUGAAUAAUUUAAAUAAUACAACUAAUGCAUUUCAAAAUUACCUUAGGGAAUUUAUUGAACUUUGUUAA